AUCGCUGACCAAUCAGCAUGCAGUAUUAGUGUCUCAGGUUUUGAAGCCGUGAAAAACGGCAUCAGUUUGUCGUCUUGAACAAUGACAACAAACUACGGGCAUUUUAGUUUGAAUUCAGACGUUUAAAGAGAAACACAAGCAUCUGCGAUUAAGGCCUUUUCUCUACUAGAAAGACUCAAGGUGUAGCCAUGAGCUGGGCAGCUCAAGAGUGGAAGGAUGGAUUGCCCACACGGGCUCUCCAGAAAGUCACUGAGAUCGAGGCAAACCUGGAGAAGCUGAAGAAGGAGCAGAAACAGCGACAGUUCCAGAUGGACAGUCUGGAGCAGACGCUGCAGAAAACAAAACGCAACUUAGAAGAGGAGAAGAAUAAGGUAACCAUUAUGAAACGAGAGAACCAGACCCUUGUUGAGUCCUGUGAGGACCUUCAGAAGAAGAGAGAGAAGAUUCAGCAUGACCUGCAGACAAAAGAAUCCCUGGUGUCCUGUAUGGAAGGGCAGUUGUCUCACGCCAAGGCUUCGCUGGACACAGAGACUGGCAGGAACCACCAGCUGAAGGGGGACCUGGAGCGUGUGGAACAGGAACUCGCCAAGGCGCAGCAUCGGGCUGAGAAACUACAUGCUGAGAAUUCACAGCUGCAGGAGGCGUCCAACCACCAGCGUCAGGAGUUAGGUGGGAAGAUAGAGAAAAUCAAGAACCUGCAGCAUGAGAUAAAAAAGCUGCAGUUUGAGCUGGAGCGUGGGAGGAGCCAGGAGUACACGGGGAGUAGGAGACAUGGAAGUGGGAGUAGCAGUGAUGAUGAAAGCUCCCAGCUGAAGAAGAAGAUAACUGACCUGGAGAGUCAGCGAGACAGGGACGCAGCUGAAUUCAACAGGGUCAACACUGAGCUUAAACACCUCAAACAAACGUUGAAUGAGAAACAGGCUGCUUCCUCUGCUGCCACCCCAGCAAAGUCCAAUGUGGCUGUUUCCUUUGACCUCGUGUCGUUUGGCUCACCAGCUGGCCCAGUCAGCACCCCUCGGACCAGGUCUCAGACUAAAAACAAGAUCCCUUCGGUACCCCCCCUCCCCCACUUGCCCCACAGGUGGAUAACACAGAGCUGAUCAGGCUGCAGGGUCUUCUACAGGACUCCAGGAAACAGACAGAAGACCUGAAGACUCAGCUGUCCCAGUUGGAGCUGCAGCUGCAGGGGAAAGAAACAGAACUGCAGCGCCAGGUGGCGCUGGUGAAUGAGGCGCAGGAGCAGGUGCAGAA